GAUCCCGCGUCCGUUCUCGAAUUUCCGUCCUGAUAUGCGGCCAACGAACGGCUCCCAAGCUGGCACGAAUGGGCUUGUCUUCCGAUUUGGCGAUCUGUCCAUCUGGAAACCGCUGCGAAUACUUAAGACCUGCCCAGGUUCCGGAUCGACUAACGGUUGCAGGCCCUCGUCUCCUACCCUCAACUGGUCGGUCUCUAGAAGCGGCCUCCCUGAGUGUUUAGUGUCCCAGGAUGUUCAAGAACGGUCCCGAGUACGAAGAACGGCUGGCGAAGCCAUUCAUUCCUCCAACCAUCAGCCUCAAGGAGAUCCAUGAUUCUGUUCCGAAACAUCUCCUUCGCAAGGAUCCCUUGCUGUCGACGUACUAUGUCAUCCGGGACAUCGUCUGCUGCGUCGCCAUCUUCUACUUCGGCUUCAACAUCGAGACGCUGCUCAAGAGCAACUUCGGUGGCUUUGUUCCGUUGACCGCGGCGUGGCAGGUCCACCUUGCACGGACCGCGCUGUGGCUCACAUACUGGUGGUUCCAAGGUCUGUCGUUCGCCAGCUUCUUCUGCAUAGCGCAUGAGCUUGGCCACCAGACCAUGUACGAGAACCGCUACGUCAACGACACCCUCGGCUACUUUUUCCAUGCUUUCAUCAUGGCACCUUUCUUUGCGUGGAAGGCAAGCCACAAUGCCCACCAUAAAACUGUGGCCUCAAUCGAGCGCGACGAGAACUACGUGCCAUAUGAUCGCAAGGACUAUAAGCUUCCGUCCCGGGAGAAUGCCACGACCGCCGACUACCUCGAGGUUUUCGAUGAGACUCCUUUCCUCACUCUCGGCCGCAUGCUGGUGAUGCAGGGAGUAGGCUGGUGGUUGUACAUCUCGACCAACGCGAUGGGCUCCAAGAGGUAUCCCAAGGGCACGAACCACUUCGACCCCUACUCCGCGCUAUUCCGUUCCGACCAGCGCCUUGGCAUCUUCCUCUCUGACGUUGGCCUUGUCGGCAUGAGCACUAUCCUCUUUUACGCCACGAAGAUGUACGGCAUCAAGGCAUUCUUCACGUACUAUUUCAUCCCGCUCGUCCUCUGCAACCACUGGAUUGUCAUGCUCACGUACCUGCACCACUCCGACCCUACGAUCCCUCACUACCGCAAGCAGGAGUGGUCGUGGGUGCGCGGUGCGGCUGCCACUGUCGACCGCCCUCUCCUCGGCUGGGCCGGCCGGUUCUUCCUGCACAACGUCUCGCAUGACCACGUGGCACACCACUUCUUCUCGUACGCGCCGUUCUACAACCAGCCUGAGAUCACAAAGUGCGUGCGCAAGGUCCUCAGGGAGCACUACAACUACGACUCGACCAACACGUUCUACGCGCUCUUCCGCUCUUUCACCGAGUGCGUGUUCAUCGAGGACGAGGGCACUAUCGUGUUCUACAAGAACAAGUACGGCCAGACCGUGCGCGAGGUCGCGAGCGACAAGCUCAAGGAGAUCGACGCGCAGUGGAACGCCGAGGAGCAGGACAACGGCGUCCAGGUCAUCGAAUGAGCAUCGCGUUCGCAUUCGGGCUUGUGCUGUAGCACCCUGUGUAGAGUAUCCGAUCUGUCGCCUGAGGUGGGCCGGGUAACGCUGUAUGAGUCAUUUGAAUAGAAGCUGUUUCUUGGUAUGUUCGGCACAUCCAUCCAGUGUAAAAGGC